GUGAAAGGAGCGUGUGCAUGAUAACAACGAUUUCACUCGGACUUAAUGAACACUGCUGAACAUGGGAUAGGAUUGCCAGUUCUCCUUAUUCAGUUUAUUCAACUUUAACAACAUGAUUUCGCUGUCAUGGCUGCAGCACCUGAGCUUUGUUCUGUCGCAUGUAAACACUGCAGCUCUGCUAGUAAUGCUGCUCGCUUUUUAUUUAGUGCAUGUUUAUCAGAAACAGCGGACCCUCCUGGCAAAAAUCCCGCCAGGUCCGAAGCCGUGGCCGAUUGUGGGGAACUUUGGCCGCUUUCUCAUCCCCUCUUUUAUCCAGAGGAUGUGUGGACAGCAGCAGGACAACGCCAACAGAAGCGCUAUGGAUGUGUUUGCGGAAAAAGCCAAAAUCUAUGGGAACAUUUACAGCAUCUUUGUAGGGAGUCAGCUGAUGGUGGUGCUGAAUGGCUAUGAAGUGGUGAAGGAUGCUCUGUCAAACCAUCCCGAGGUGUUCUCCGACAGACCAGACAUCCCUUCUAUCUCUAUCAUGACCAAACGCAAAGGUAUAGUCUUUGCACCUUAUGGGCCAGUGUGGAGGAAGCAGCGCAAGUUCUGCCACGCCACCCUCCGAACAUUCGGCCUGGGGAAGCUGAGCCUGGAGCCGUGCAUCCUGCAGGGCCUGGACACCAUCAAAACACAGCUGCUGCACCUGAGUCAGGAGGAUGAGGCUGAAGCCGGUGUGGACCUGGCCCCGCUGAUCAGAAACGCCGUGUCCAACGUCAUCUGCUCUCUGAUCCUGGGACAUCGCUUCCACCACGAAGACCGCGAGUUCACGAAACUGCUGGACCUGAUGGAUCGAGGGCUGGAGAUCUGCGUGAACAGCGCCGCAGUUCUCAUCAACAUCUUCCCGCUGCUCUACUACUUACCUUUUGGGGUCUUCAAGGAGUUGCGGCAGGUGGAAGGAGAGAUCACAGUGUUUUUGAAGAAGAUUAUUUUGCAUCACCAGAUGACAUUACGUCGUGCCCAGCCGAGGGAUCUGGUGGAUAUGUACCUGAUGGAGAUGUUGGACCAGCAAGAGAGGGGAGAGCCGGACAGCAGCUUCACAGCGGACUAUCUCUUUUAUAUUAUAGGAGAUCUCUUCAUCGCUGGCACCGACACUACCACCAAUUCUGUUCUGUGGAUUCUGCUCUACAUGGUCCUAUAUCCUGAUGUCCAAGACAGGGUGCAAGCAGAGAUAGAUGAAGUGGUGGGCACACAACGGAUCCUGUCUCUGACUGAUAAGGGAAGUUUGCCUUUUACGGAAGCCACCAUCAUGGAGGUGCAGAGAAUGACUGUAGCUGUUCCCCUGGCUAUUCCUCACAUGGCCUCCGAGACAACAGAGUUCAGAGGCUACACUAUUCCCAAAGGAACCGUCAUUGUGCCCAACCUUUGGUCUGUCCACAGAGACCCCACUCUUUGGGACGACCCCGAUAGUUUCAACCCAUCGCGCUUCCUAGAUGACGAGGGAAAGCUGCUCAGGAAGGAAUGCUUUAUACCUUUCGGGAUUGGUCGCAGGGUGUGCAUGGGUGAACAGCUGGCGAAGAUGGAGCUCUUCCUGACAGUAACCAUCUUACUGCAAGCCUUCAAAUUCAGACUCCCAGAGGGGACGCCUCCUCCUCCCCUGCAAGGACGCUUCGGCCUGACGCUGGCCCCCUGCCCAUACACUGUGUGUGUGAGCCCCCGGGGAUGAAGCAGUGGAAUAUCUGGUUCCAACAGAUUUUGUGUAGAUCCAAUUACAUUUACCUAUGUGGGUAAAGGUCUCCUGGGGAGACGAUGUAAGUUUUGCAAAGUAAAAAAAGUGUGUUUUGAUUGGUAAUGCAGCUCUUUGGCUAAUCCAAAUAUGUCUUCAUCCAAUCUGUACUUUUUUGAUUAUUCAGGCAUUAUUUCAGUCCAUAACAUUUCAUUAGCAAACUAAAAUGACCAGCAGGCCUUAUGGUGUGUGUUACAUUAACAUUUCUGUGAUCAGAAUUGCUGCUAAAAAGAUGGAACCGGCAAAUGUGUUAUGUAUUUACUUGAUAAUUAAGUAACAAUCAAGGUCAAACAUCAUAAUUCUGUUGAUUACUUUGUGUGAUCAAUUCAAGUCGGACCAGUAUUAUAUGCUAGAUGCCUUUUGGUUUUAAAAACAUCAUAUAUCAGUACGUAUUAUAGUGUUCAUAAGUAGGGCAUUAGGGAAGGAAAGAUUUCAGUUAAAAGAGAACUGAUGAAAUGAUCUGCACUCUCAGAUUAAGUGUUUUGCUUUGAGGUCUGUUAAACCAAACGCAGAAAAGAAGGUAAAACACUGCAUACUUCUGAGUUUACCGAUAUGUCCUUCAUCAGUUUGGAUUUAUGGAUGCCUGCAGCACCUUACUAAAGAUUAAGUCGGGUGGAGCUUUGGACUUCUUGCCGUUUAAACAUGUCUUCAUCUUCAUGCCUUAGAGACUUUAUUAAAGGAUUAUGGGCAACGUGUCAAUACAAAUAUUUUGUAUUAAUAAAAAUGUCCACAAUGUAUCAUGAAUAAAUUGGUGUUUCACUUGUAAUAGAAGUAUUUUAUACCAUGGCUUGAAUAAAGAAUCUGAGCUUUUAUUCCCA